AUGUCUUCUAAUCAGAGCUUAAGGGAUGCGAUAUUGCGAGCUACGGAUGGAAAGUUGCGGGUUGAUAACUGGCAGUUUAUCAUCGAGGUGUGCGACUUAGUUAGGGAAGAUCCAGAAGACAGGGGUCGCUUUGCCACGGAUAUUGUAGAGGAGCGACUAAAGGAGGAUGACGCUAAUGUCGUGCUACGUACAUUAUCUCUUGUCGUAUCGCUGGCAGAAAAUUGCGGUUCAAGACUUCAACAAGCUAUAAGUUCCAAGGGCUUCACGAAAGUCCUAUAUGGCCUUAUAGAGAACCCAAAGGUGCAUUUAGUUGUCAAAAGGGAAGUCGCCAAGGUAGUUGAGCAACUGAGCGACUCUUUCAAAAAUGACUCAUCACUGAAGUCUAUGCAAGACCUGUACGUGGCAAUUAGUGCUCAAGCGCCGCAUCUCCUUGUCCGAGAGAGGGUUCCUCAGAAGAAAGAAAUGAGCCAUGAAACAAAGCGCAACGAAGAGAAGGAGCUGGAGGAAGCCUUGAAGCUUUCAAUACUUGAAUAUGAGCAAUCAAGUUCACAGAAAGCAGCUCAGAACAAUGAUAACAAGGUAGCAAAUCAGAAGCAUAUUGAAUCAUCACAUCAUAACGAGUCGCAAACCCAGAACACGGUAAGGAAAGUCCGCGCUCUUCAUGAUCUCACUGGCAGGGAAUCUGACGAAUUAUCAUUUCGCAAGGGAGAUAUAAUUGUCGUGAUCGAACAGGUGUAUAAGGACUGGUGGAGGGGCCGACUGCGGGGUAGGGUUGGAAUCUUCCCUUUAAAUUAUGUUACCCCUGUAGCAGAAAAGACUCCUGAGCAACUACGCCAGCAAAAAGCUCAUGAAGAUGCGGUUUUCAGUCAAAUUUCAAACGUGGACAAGCUUCAUAGAAGAAUGGCCGAGAAUGCUAAUGACCUCGAGUUGACCCAAGAUGGAGAGGUUAACAACUUGUACAGCGUUGUGACCCCUCUUCGACCACAGCUUACAAAAAUGAUAGGAGACUAUGCUCAAAAGAAAGAAGAAUACUCAUCGCUGCGGAAAGUCUUAGCAGAUGCAGAGGCUUCUUAUAAUCGCAUGCUAGAUAGAGCUAGCCAAGUGUAUCCAACUCAGAGUCUGCCGCUCGAACGAAUGGGUAGUGGAAGCUACGAGCAGCCCGUAGGGCUUCAACAUACACACAGUCGCCAGGCUUCUGCAGUUAAUCCUUUGAGCCGCCAGCCUCAAUCAGGCAUUCCGUAUGUACACGCUCAAAGUUUCCUGACGGGGCAGCCUCAACCUAAUCAGCACCAAACACACUCUCUUAAGCUACAGCAGAGGGAGCAGCGUCAGAGCCCGCACCAGAUUCCAGAAUUAUAUCAGCAGGGUCCCCAAAACUACCAGCGACAGCCUCAGAAUACACACCCCUCUGAAACUCGACCAGUGCACCAGGUUCCUUAUCCAAUGAGUAAUCAAGCCACAGGUAUAUAG